AUGGCGGAAGCGGUUGACCGUGAACCCACAAAGGUACCAGCAGACCCCAUACAACCCGACUUGCCACCAGAGCAGAUACCAACAAAAGAGGGGGACUCAGAUGGGUCAGCCCCUCUCGCUCCACUACAUAGCUCUGGAUGAGAGGACAUGAUGCAAUCACCUCAAGCUUAGAGGGAGCGCUGACACCAUUACACCUGAUGAGCUCCCUUACUAUAUGAGGUGACUCGUAGCCGCAAUACUGCCACCGAAUCAUGCUAAGAAAUACACCAUAGAUGGGAUCUACCAUAUUUCAUCAAUGGGCAGAGCAGCCUCCACUAUGGUACAAGAUGUGAUCGUACGUUGCUCUACCUCACAGGACAAAAGAUUGCUGAUGACAGCACUCCGAGGCAAAACACCACUAACAUUUGAAGGAGCAAGUUUCUCUAUCUACCAUGACCUCACCAGAGCCACGCUACAGUGGCAAAGAUCCCUGAACACUGUCACCAGCCACCUGAGAGCAGUGGGUGUGGAAUACCACUGGAGAUCCCCCAGGUUCCUGGUGGUCACACACAAGGGGACCGUACACAAAAUAUCUACACUUCCUAAGUCACCAACCUUCUUUAAGGCUCUGGGCCUAUCUAUUUCCAAACAGGCAGCCAACCAACAAUCCAGCACAUGUGACUGGGACAAAAAGAUAUGGAAGGGCUGCGCCAAAUAAGGGUAGAUAGUCCAGUAAAGUAUUGCUAGGGUGCCAAUAGAUGGUCUAGGAUACUUGAUAGAGUUCCUCUGUGGAUGCGUCUAGUGUAGACCGUUCCGUAUAUGUAAAUAGAAGAGAGGUAGAGGCGACUAAUGGUAUACUCCUAUCUACCCUUAUUUGGCGCAGCCCUUCCAUAUCUUUUUGUAUCUAUCCACCGAAGGACCCGAGGGAUUUUCCUUCAUUUGGGUUGCUGCCUACCUUGACUAAUUUUGUGAUUACCAGCGCUGAAUUCUUUUUGUGUUUAUCUACAUGUGACUGGGAGCCCGGGCAGGCAGCUCCAUCCAUAUCCUCUGAGAAACCUGACUACAUGGAAAGCCAAUUUACACCUUUGCAGCUCGAACAUUAAUAUCUUGUUUAAAAAAUGUUUGAUUUAAUACCAGUCUAAUUGUUUUCUUACAUUACAGUGCCUACUUGCCCGCAAUUAUAUGCUCUGGCACCCAGGAUCUUGGGGCUUUGCCCUUAUGGUGUGAAGUGUCAUACCACACCACUGACAGCCCUCACCUCCCGAUUCCCCCUUUGAUUAGGGGCACAUUUAGAAGAAGGCCACACUAUAACAACCCACUAGGGUUACAUUUAAAAUCUCUUGCUCCAUACAGCCGUUCUCCCUAAGCACACACUCCUGUUAACGUGCCAAUGUUAGAUUGUAGCACAUGUGAUUAAUACCUAUCUCCGGACAAAUGUACAACAUGCUUAUAAUCGUUUGUGACUAUCUUACUUUAUUUCUGUAACUUGUCCUGCAUUGAGGCGAUAAAAAGAAAAUUUCAAUAAAAAGAGAUUUACAAAAAAAAAGUAUAUUUUACUGGUGGAAUCUUUAGGAGCUUACGGCAUGAGAUAAAAAAUGCCUGGUGACCUCCAAGACCCCUAAAAAAAUUAAUUUGCACAAGGCACAUUUUAGCAUAAACAUACGACACACUCCAGACCCUCAAAGCACUUCAGCUUGCUGCAGUGCUUUCUGUGUGAAGAGUCUGUCCAUCAGACGAGCUGUCCUGUAACAAGACCCUGUUAGUUCAGUGGUGCUAAACUCAAGAGGCAGCAAUUGCCAAAAGCACCUGCCUUGCAAAGACUUCCCGUUAAGCUGCAUUGGGAAGUCUGUGAUUGGACAGCCACAAAAAGUCUGGGUGGGGUUAGAAGGAGAGGGCUUGCAAAAGCUGCAGACAAGAAAUCUGCAGCUUUUGAUACAGUAUACUCCAAUGAAAAAUUGCAUAAUUAAAUUCAUGCAUGUUUUCAUUGGGCAUAUGUUUACUAAACAGUGAUUUCCCCAGGUUAGCACAAAGGGUGUGAAAAGGUAUAGCAGCAAAAGGGCUGUAGGGAGGAGUUUGAUGGACGGGAUGCCAAAGCAAUUUUUUGAGUUCUCUUGAGGUUUGGUUGUGUGGUCUGAAAGCAUGUGAAAGGGUUCAUAUGAGUGAUCAUAUAGUACCAACAGUACUAUCCAAUGUAAGCAAUGAUUAAGCUACAGUGAUAUCAUCCAGACAAGUAUGUUUAUAUCUGCCCCUCUCUUUCCAUAGUCAUGAAUUAGCCUGGAUUUCUGAUUUGUAAACACUGAUGUUGUUUUGUACAUGUUUACACGUUUUUUUUCCCCCCCCCGCUCUUUAUUCUCAAGAUUAAUCCUGCACUUUGAUUCUGAGAGAUUCUUGGUGUUUUACAAUUGCCGGAUAACGUGGUGUUCGUCCCCUUUCUCUGAACCUGCAUGUGACAUCCUUUGCCCAGAGUUUGACAAGGAGAGAGCUUUGAGAGCAUUGUCUGUGCCAAGACCAGUCUGCAUAACUCUGAUGGAUCAGAGGCAUUUCUCUGGAGUAGGUAUGUUUAGAACCGUUUUGUAAACCAACCACAUGUAUGCUGCAGAUGACCUUCUCCUACACACAUAAGCAGAGUUGCUAAGAGAUAACUUUUACAGUACCGUUUUGUUUGAUGCUCCUCAAUGUACUCUGUUUGCCUUGUUGCUGUAAUGAUUGAGCUCAGUGACGUGUCUGCUGCAGUGUUUCCAUAUUACUAUUUCAAAAGGGCCUUUUCAUUUUUUAGCAGUGUUGACCAACGAUGGGUCAUGUUGACCCAGCAAUAUGUUUGCCAGCAGGGCCUGUACAAGGAUUUUUUUAGAUACACAGGCGAAGAUGAUUUUGGCAUCCCCCCCAAAAAAAAAGCAUCUUCACCUGUGUGUCUCUUGGAGAUGGACCACCAUCAGUUCAGAGAGCACAGGUUUGGAACUCUGUGACCAUAGAGAUCAGGCCAACGGUGGACCACACCACAUUUUGAAACAAACUAAAGACAUGGCAGUUCAACAUUCUUCUCAAUCAUUACUAACCUAUUCCUUAUUUUUCCUCUCUCUCCCACUGUUUAUAAUUUUUUACAGUUGAUCCUAAUAGAUAUGUCUAAUUGUUGUACUUGUCCUUAAACUAACUGAUUUAUCAACAAAGCCCUUCCAAGUUUUAUUUAGCCGGAUCAAUUAGUUAGGAAAGCCUUUUACCAGUGGGAAAAUGGCUCAACAACUCUUGAAUCAGGUGUUUGCAUUAGAAGAAUUUAAAAGGGUUUGUUUUGGAUGAAUCAAUUCAUUAUCAAAGAAUCGAUUUGUUUAUAAAAAAAAAAAAACUUAACGAGUGCACGUCUUGAUAAUAGUUUCUUUUGUGUCAUCCCUUUUUUAAAUGUCUUACCCCCUUUAGUGUAUCUUAUCCAUGAUUUUUCUCCAUUGUGUGUCUUACACCUCCCUUGUGUAUCUCUUACAACCCCCUCUUUGUGUUUUUUACUGCCCCCUGUCCCUUUGUGUGUCUCCUCUUCCAGCCCCUUUGUGUCCUUUUUGUGUGUUUCUCUUUCACCACUAGCCUAUCUCCCCCCCAGCCCCUCUGUGCCUUUUUUUCUUCUUCUUCAGCCCCUCGGUGUCUCUUUCCCCCCCAGACCCAUCUGUGUGUCUUUCUCACCCCUCAUGUCCCUCUGUGUGUCUUUCUUCCCACUCACGCCCCCCUGUGUGCUACUCUCUCCUCCAUGUGCUCCUCUCUCCUCCCCUCCAUGUCUCUCCUCCCACUAAUAUCCAUGUCCAUUAGUGUUUCUCUCCCCACACUUCCCUCAAUGGUCUUCUCCCUUCCUGUCCAUUACUGGUCCUCUUUCCCUUAGUGUUCCUCUCCCCUCCCUUCCAUGUCCCUUAGUGUUCCUCUCCCCUAUCCCAUAGUGUUCUCCCCACUCUCUCCCCCCUUGGUCCCUACCUUUCUUGUAGCGUGGUCAAGAGGAGCUUCAGUUUCUUGUACCCGGUCGCACUGACAGGAAGUCCUCGCUCAGUGAGCACUUCUGUUAGUCCAGCUGGGUACAGGAAACAGAUCUUCCUAUACCGUUGUCCGCUCCGCUACACUGAAUGACAGGUAGGAGGGAGUGCUGUGCGCUUGUGCCGCCUAAUGGAUGCGCCGACCCUGUUUGCCAGCUCUGUGAAUCGAAUUAGGUGCAUGAGAAAUGGUCACAUUUCUAUGUUUGAUGUUUUUAAAGUGUAUUUUUAAUGAAAACUAUGGACUUCUAUAUCUUUGUAAAUUGCAAGUUUUUCUCGACUGUUAUUGGGCACUACCUGGUAAAUGGCGAAAUAUGGUACACUUUCCAAACGCCAGUCAUCACUUGACAGUACUCAAAAGCACUUGCUCAUAUUUAGCAAUAUGCAUGCCUGUUGUCCCCCUUUUAAAGUUCCAGUUUCACCUAAAAAUAAUUUCUGUAAAAUCCAUCUGCUUAUCCCUCUAGAUCCCCCUACUCUUGGAGCUUAGUUGACUUCUACCUCGCUGGUGUAGCAGUAUAAAAGUAGACAAGAUCAACUGUUUAUUUGGGGGGUGGGGGGGUGGAGUGAUUGGUGUAGUUUUCUUUUUUUAACAUUUUUAUUUGAGCUAACCUUUCUACUGUAUAUUAUAUAGUUUGAAAAUGCACCAACACACAUUUACCUGGAUAUUUUUAAUACCUAAUUUGUUUUAUUACGUCUGAGUCAUUUCAGUGCUUUUUAUUGUCUUGUAUGUCUCCAAACAAUGUGCCAUGAUAUUAGAAACGCCUUCUCUUUCUAUGACAUUAUCAUACCUGUUAAUGUAGUUUGAUUUAAACCUCUUCACGUCCCCCUGCCCCCAACCCCUUGAAAUUACCUCCCUCUUCUGCCAGACCCACUUAACCCCAAAAGUUCAUUAUUAAUUUCUUCUUCACUUUUCAGGGAACAUUAUCAAGAAUGAGGUUCUGUUUUUGGCAAAUGUCCACCCUCUUUCAUUUGGGUCACACCUGCCACCAGAGAGUCUACAAUCCAUUCUGGACCAUACCAUACGCUUCACUUGUAAUUGGCUGAAUAAUAAGCUGCAGAGGAAAGGUCUCCGCUAUCAUAUUUACAUGAAGGAAUGCUGUGACAAGGGCCACAAGGUGGUGAAAGAAUCCAUUGGUCCCCCCUAUGGGCUGAAGCGGCUUACCUGGUAUUGCCCUGAGUGUCAACCACAUGUAAAAUCUGAGAAUGCAGUGCCGUCCAAGGAAGACCCGUAG